AUGUAUUUCUCAACCAAAUGUCUGAGUAUUCUGCUCGGCCUCGUCGCUCUAUCCUCUGCAGAAAUUAAAACCCCCUCGAAGAAGAUGCUCCGCGAUUUCGAUACUUUUGCUCGUUAUGCGGCCUUUGGAUACUGCAAAGAAUUAGUAGACGGCCUGGACGUUAAUGGCAAAACUAAAGUUUGCACUAACAAUAGAGAAAUUCCCAACGGCUGCGGCGAACUUGAAGACGCAGUUGUAGUCACGGAAUUCCCUAACGAUGAAGGCGUGUCUGGCUACAUUGCUGUGAACAGUAAGACGCAACAAAUUAUUGUGUCCUUUCGCGGGUCAGGUAGUUGGAAGGACGUACAAACCAACUUAAGAACUUGUAAAACCAGGUCUGGUAGGGGUUUGUGGGAAGCUGUGGCGGGCUUCGCGGAGCAAGCUAAGAACGAACUUGGAAAAAUUACCAGAAAUACCAUUAUUAGUAUUGUUGAAUCGGCCUGUUCAUUGGUUGAGGAAUCUAAACCCGACCCAAAUGAUCGUCUCCUCCCGUUCUGCCAAGACUGUGGCGUUCAUCAGGGCUUCUUUGAAGGCUUUAAGGGCAUAAAGGAUAAAAUGUUAGCCGCUGUUGAGGAACAAAAAAAACUGCACCCUAUCUUUGAGGUUAAGGUUACUGGUUAUUCUCUUGGAGCGGCAGUGGCUACCUUGGCAGCAGCCUAUAUUCGCAAGUCGACAUUAAAUGUAGAUCUAUAUACAUUUGGUUCUCCCCGCGUGGGCGACGAGAAGUUUGCGACAUUUGUCUCCUCUCAAGGACUUGGGGAAAAUUUCCGUAUUACGAAUGAGAACGACCCCAUAGCCAAUGUCCCAUGGGCUGAUGCAGGCUUUGCACACGUUGAACCAGAGUAUUGGUUCCCAGAAGGCAUUGCCGCCGAGAAAAUGGAAGUUUGCAAAGGUGUGAAUAGUCUCCAGUGCAGCGGGCAGUUCGACUUGAAAUUGUCCGACAUCGCGCUUGGUAGAGACAGAAUGAAACCGCACCUGUGGCAAAGCUAUGCAGUUGGGUUUCUUUUCACGGGAGGGAUGUCCUGUCCGAGCCGUUCCGGUAGGGAGCUCGAUCUUGACGAGAAAGCUCCGUUUACACAGGAGGAAAUUACUGAAAUGAAGAGGCUUGCGGAUCAAAGCAAUUAA